AUGCUAAACCAGGGCUUUUUCUCUCUCUUUCAUUUACGCAUAUCAGCUCGGGAUCGCAAUCGGUCUGGAUCCUACUCCUCUUCCAUUAAAUCUCCUGAUCGCAGUCGACCCAGGUCGCGUAUUGGAGUCUCCCAGUCACAGCCCAGCAGCCGUUCGGGUUCCCCGUCAUCCCGCCUCAGUUAUCUCACUCACAUCCCAUCCAGAGUGGACAGUAAUGCGUCCGGGGGCACCAGCAAACCGCGUCGCUCUGGAAUCCCUCGCAGUCAGGGCGCCAGCAGAGAGGCCAGCCCAUCUAGAAUCUCAUAUGGUCGUGACAGGAGGUUAAGUGGCAGUAGACAUGCCCCUCAGCGCGUCCCCACCAAGCAAGCCAUGGGACAACACGUCUCGGGGCAGGACAUUGAACAGGCACUAGAGGAAGCUCUUCUCAAGGGCAACGCUCUGCGAAAGAGAUACGACCUCUACGACUCUGAUGAUGCUGGAAGUGAGACCUCUAGUGUGUGUUCAGAAAGGUCGUACGGAUCUUCGUACGGAAGGACGUCAGAGGUAGGAAAAUGCAGUAUGGUUAAUCAUUAUUGGUAAAGGACAUUGUAAUUUUAAGAUAUUCUCUAGAAUUGGCCCUCUCAUCUAACAUCUAAGAAAUCAUGAAAUGACCUGAAAGCUUAUUUAGUCAUUUUAAGUAAAUAUUUUAUUGAAUUUUAAAUAAAAGGAAAAUGAUUGAAGUUAAAAAAAAAAAAGAAAAUGAAAAAUAUUCAACCUAUUUUGCAUGAAUCGUAUCUAUGAUGCUUAAAUUAUGUAUAAGUGGUUGUUACUUAUUUGAAAAUGUGUCGCAAGGUACUUUUAAACAGAAACAGAUUGCAGUCUUUGAGAUUGGUUUGAUUUGAGUGAUAAUUACUGUUCAAUGUCUGAAUGUCAGCUAUAGAUCGGAGCUUUAAGUAGCUUUAUGUUUAAUGUUGCAUGGAAAAAAGAAGUGAUAGAAUUGGUUCCAAGAUGUGGAAAAAUGUGAGAUAUUUUGACAGAUUCUGAAAUGAAUGUGUAAAGAAAUUGUGCAAAGCUUGAGUAUGAACAGAGAGCUGCAAUAAUUGAAAAAUUGGUAUAUGGGUAUACGUGAGUACUGGCAACCCCUCUGUGCUAUGUAUUUGACAAGUUAUUGAGCCACAUCAGCAUAAGUCUGUUUUUCUUUGCUUGAGAAAUAGCCAUUUUUCAAAUAUACCAAGAUUAUCUGUCUUAUGGAAAAAAUUGUAUGGGAGUGUUUUUGGUCCUUAGUUUAUGUGCA